CUCGCUAGGUCUGCUGAUCCAAAAGCUAAGCACCAGGGCCGUCGCCACGGCUCGUCCGACUCUUCCGACCAUGUCCCAACCCGGAGAGCCUCUGACGCCGGAGCAGAUCGCUCACUUCAACGACUCGAGACAGUCGGCGCUCUGGGGUUGUCUUACCGUCUUCUUGGUCAUCAACAAUGUGGCCAUCGCCGGCAGGCUGUGGGCCACUUGGAAGACCGGGUCCCGCCAGAUGCCCGUGAGGGCCGAAGGAAUCUCCAUCGUCCUCAGUGGAGUGCUCCUGAAUGUCAUCAUAGGUAACUUGAUGGCAGCAACCCAUUACGGGCUGGGUUUACACUACUGGACCGUCAACGCCCGGGAUCCGCACUACCCACGCAACCUGUCAAAGACCUUUAUGCAUAUCUGGAUCACCAUGGUCCUGAUGAGCUCCUUCUUCGCCUGCAUCAAAGUCACGCUAUUGUGCUUCUACAAGCGCCUAUUCCUGGUGUCGAGCUCGAGACUGCGCAUUUUCUGGUGGGCCAACCUCAUCUACGUCGUCCUGUGGUUCUUUGGCGGCACCGGCUUCUACCUCUUCCAGUGCCACCCGGUCCAGUGGUACUUUUUGCAGCACUACGAACGCUUCAACAAGCCCGUCCCAGGCGGCGUAACAGGCCAGUGCGAUGCCCAAAAAGUGACCAACGUCGCUAUGCCCGUCAUCUUCAGCCUCAUCUCGGAUCUCGGCCUCCUGGUCCUGCCCAUCGCCGCCAUCUGGAACCUGCGGCUGAGCAAGUGGAAGAAGAUCGGCCUCUUUGCCGUCUUCGGCAUCGGUCUGGCCGCCUGCAUGCUCGAGUUGGCUCGCAUCCUGAACCUGCUCCUCGACACAGACGACAAGACGGACCCGAGCUGUAA